AAUUGCUCCUUUGCUAGUCGCCGUAUUCAUUUCUUUAAUCCUCUGAGGCCUCUGUGUUUAGUCUUUAUUUCUAGUCCAUUUGAUGAAGAAAUCGUAUGUGGUGGUCGUGGGUUUGAGGCCAGGUAUAUAUCCGAAUUGGAUAGAAUGCCAUGGACAAAUAAAAGAUGUUCCAGGCGCUGUUCAUCAAAGCUUUGAGACGCACGAGGAAGCUCUUGCAGUAUGGAACGGAGCUUUGCAAAGGGGUGAAGUGGAGGCUGUCCGAGCAAAUGCAGGCGCUGCAUCAGCUUCCACAGCUAGAACCAGGCAUAGGAUAGAUGGCAGUCACAUGUUCCAGCCGGUGGCUCCAAGUCGAGUGGAUCGCAGUGCCAGUGAUCGCGCUCUGCAGUCGCGCCAGACACUAUGGGAUGAUGUGUCUCUAUUGCGUUCUCCAUACCAAACGUUGCGGCCGGAACCGCCAACUGGGGUGACCCAGUACGAGGAUCUAGAGGACGAUCCUUUGUUUCAAUCACCCAGAAGGUUGUCACCGCGAGUCACCGUGGAGGAUACAUCCUACACAUCUUCUUGCAUGAAUGAAGUGUCGCAUUUGCUGAUGAAAUCUCGCCCUGCUCAUAUCAGAAGGGUCGAAGCUUCCCCCGCUUCAUCCAUGAUGUCUGUGGAAGAAACAUUACCUCGAGUUCUACAUCGACACCCAACUGCUCCUGCAUCAUUCGAGACGGGAGCGCGGUACCCCACUCUUGAAGAAAUCCGCAAAGGUGAGGACUUGGAUCCUCGCGUCAUGAUUCCACCUUCGAGGACAUUUGAUCCGGGAAAUGUCAAACCUCGUCCAGGGGCUGUUUCUGCUCGCAGAAAGAAUGACCAGAUGGAUGCAGAAUCAACGAAUCCUCGUACAACGCGUCUUGUGCGAGGUCUUCCAGCUGUCGAUUAUUCGGAAGACGAUGGACAAUCUAUUUCUUCUCUUCCACGACGCCGAGUUGUCAAUAAAGGGAAGAGUCGCGCACUCGCAGAUGAUGCAAUUGAAUCACUGCGCGCAUCCGGUUAUAUUUCCUCCAACAAUCGACACUCGUUCUCAGAAUACUCCUACCAUGUUCAAGAAGUCUACUCGGUUGAAAGGCCUGAACAGCCCAGCGUUGUUGUCGUACACUGUCCACCAGGCUGCCGCCAUGGGCACUGUGCAAGCGCGUCCGCCUCUACCCCAGUAUUGAACGAAAGAGUUCAUUCUCGCUACGUUGACGCUGGAGUCUCUCCUAUUUUAUCAAGUGUGAGCUCGGCUCGCAAAAAAGCCAGUGUGCGGGAUCUCGGAGCGCGGGUCUCUGAUGCCUCAAGCGAGCAGGAGUUCUUUUCUUUUUCAGGAUUUUCCUCCACGCCUCAAGUAUCGCAUAGGAGUUACGGUGUCGAAUCAGAUGUUCGUUCUCCAUUUGCACGAGGGAUGAGGGUCCCAUCAGACCUGUCUGAGCUGUCGACAUUCGGACGACCGUCCCCUGUGAUGCAGGGAUCACCAGUUAGGGACAGGCAUCGCAGGAUGAUUAUCAGUCAAGCAUAAGACGAAGAUCAGUUUGAGCCUUGUCCACCAGAAGGUGAUGGUUGUUAACGCAGAUUGUUGUUUAUAUUGGCCUUGUUCUGCAAUAUCUGUUCGAGAUGCAGAUUGUUGUUUAUAUUGGUCUUGUUCUGUAAUAUCUGUUCGAGAUGCAUGGCUAGAAGGAUCCUAUGGGCUUAAUUCCUGAUGGCUUGAGUGGUAGUCUUCUUGUAAUUUUUGUUGGCACCUGGCUUUAAAGCACACAAUUUUCUCA